AAUAUAUAAUAAUUUUCUGUCAUUUAAUAAUAUGUGAAUAUAAACGAUGUGAACGAUGUCUAUGAUCAGUUAAGUUGAAUCAGAUGAAAAAAACUAUUUUUAAGGUUACAUCAGAUUGUGUCCUGGUAGGAUAUCAGUUCAUGAAAAAACAUGUACCUGAAAUGAAUGUUAUAAGGACUGAAAUGGUCUCGAGAGGCAGAAAAAAAAACGUCACCUAUUUUUGUAUAUGACAUACCUACUUGACUUCAAUUUUGCUGCUAAGUACAAGUCCUUUCUAAUAUGAAAAUGGCUGAGUGGUUUAUGCAAUUAGAUUCAAAUGAUCCCCAAAUGGUAGAAGAAGUAAAACAAAAAUUUCAUGAACAAUUUAAUAUAGUGCAAGACUCCUGGUUAUUAAAUGGAUUAUACGACUAUUAUUUAAAUUCAAAUUCAGCACGCAGUAUGGAAAUUCUUGUAAAUGUUAAAGAACCUCAUCAUAAUUAUUUAUUUGCCAAAAUAUCAGAUUCUAUUCGAGGCUCAAAAACCGACACUAAGGUACAAGCUUUAACAUUAUUGGGACAUGUUUUAAGGAAACAGCCACCAUGGUUAUUUAAAAUCACUGAGCAUCAACUUUUAAGAGACCUCUUAAAAUUGCUUAAGACUGAAACAGAUAUUGUUUUACUAUUAAGUGCUUUAUUAGUGCUCAUAGUUCUUCUACCUAUUGUUCCAGCCCUUAUGGGUCAAUAUCUACAAGAUGUUUUCGAAAUAUUUAGCCGAUUAGCAGCCUGGAACAAUAUUAGUCCUAUAAAAUUGGUGGAAGAUCAGUUGGUACACAUGCAGGUGGCCCAUUAUGCACUUUUUCAAAGGCUGUAUGGAAUGUAUCCCUGUAAUUUUCUAGCAUAUUUACGAAAUCAGUACAGGAACAAAGACCAAAUUCCUAUUUUUAUGCAUACAAUCAAGCCAAUGCUAGAUACAGUUAAAAUGCACCCAUGUCUAGUAACUGCCUCAAAAGAUAAGGAAACAACAACAGACAGAUGGAAAUGUAUGGAAGCCCACGACGUUAUAGUGGAGUGCGAACGGUUAUCUUUAGACGUUUCCGAUAGAUGUUCUCAAGAUUCAUGUUACUCAGCAACCACAUACAGAUCCAGAUCAGGCACAAUAAAUUCAGGCUCAGGGGGAUAUGACAGUGCGUUCCAAUUUUCGUUAAAAAAUACUCCAAUAGCAAGUCUUAUAAAUGAACAGAAAGAUUUCUUCAGUCCAAGUUUAGUUUUUCAACCGCAGACACCCCCCCUUCCAGACUCUACAUCCGGAAACGUUUCACUUAAUCAGGGUGCGGGGCAAAGCUUGGUCGUGAGUAUUGGGCCUUCUAAAGAGGGAUCAUCACCGCCAGAAGCAGCCAUAGAGGCGACUCCAGAAACUACGCCUAUCAAGGACGUUAGGAUGCGCCACACAGCAUCUCUGCCGCAAAAUUCAAACGUUGUACGUGCUUUAAAUUCCUUCGGCACCAAGACCAGAUCAAUGGGAUCAUCGAGCACUACUCCCAGUCAUUCGCAACCUUCGUCGCCUAUGAGAAAGGAAACAUCCCCGUUCAACUUUGACGGUCGUCACUCGGCAUUCGGACACCCAAAAAAGGACCACGCUGUGAUGAAGGUGCAGAAGCUUAUGCACGAACGAAACGUGGGCAUGAUUGAUAGCACCUUGGAAUCGGCUGUAGCACGAAAAACACCCACGAGUCCUCUAAGGUUUAUUCCUUCAGUAAGUGACAAUAACUUUUUCAGUAACGUCAACCAAAGAAUCGAGUCACCCAUUAGCGUAGAAGAUGAAGAAGUUCUGGAAAUUGUUCAGCAGGGAAAAAUGGAAAAUUUUCCUGGGCUGAGACAAUGCGACAGCGUUUUACAAGAAGUUGAAGGCUGUAAAAUAAAUGAAGAAGACUUGGAAGAGCAGGAACAUGGAUCUCCGUGCACGGAAGGGGGGUUACAUAUGGCCGAUUCUCGAUCCAUGAACAUACUCAUUAAACGUUUGCGUUAUCACAGCCAGUGCGGCCCGGACAGGGAUCUCCCGGAAAUAUCGACCGAAAGUAGCCCCGGAAAAUUUAAUGCUUCAUACCCGAACAAUGCAGUAGUGCGUCGAGCAAAUUCCUGUCCAGAAAUGAAAAAAAGCCAAUCUGUUCCUACGAAAGAGAGUAUAAGUAAAACACUAUUGGAAGCAGACGAAGAGGUAGCUGGAAAAGAUAAUCAGAAUGAUGCAGUUUCCCUUACUAAUGGAUUAUGCCUAAAAGAAGAAAAGCGCCAAUUGGCGAUAGCCGAGACUCAGACGGAAAAUUUUUGGCCUAUGCCAUACGAACACUUGUUUCUUGGCAUUUUCCCUUUACUCGAAGGCAACGCUGAUGUUAAAAUCAGCCCCACACCCAGUCCCGCACCUUACAAUGUACAACAAGAUAAGUCUUCGACUGCAUCUCCUUAUGAGAUUUUAGAUAGGUAUUUAGAAGUAGCUAUUAAUAGUAACAGUAACGACAGAGACGUCGUUCGUCACCUUAGGGAGCAGCUGCAGUUACUACAUCAACAAUUGCUCUUUGAAAGGCAUCGACGCGAAACACACGCGCUCAGGAAUAGACGUCUUUUGGCCGAUUCGAGGUCAAUUAGGGCAUUAGAAGAACAUAAUUCUGCCCUUAGAGACCAAAUACAACUGCAACAAAAGGAGAUAGACAGUCUCAGGGAAGAACUAAACGAUCGUAUGAAAGUAGGUUACGUAAAUGCCAAUCUUACGAGCGAGGCCGCCGAUUUUUUAACAUGUCAGUGUGCCACCUUACGCAGUGAACUAAAAACAUUAACGAAACAAAACGACAAACUGGAAUGGGAACUAGAGAAAAUCAAAACAAAAUGCGUGGAUUUGAACUUGAAAUGGCAACAAGCUGAAGAGGCCGUUUUCGAUGCAUCUGCAGAAGCUAGAAUUGCCAAGGAGCAAGCAUGGGCUGGAGAAAAAGAUAAAGCUGAAUUAGAAAUAGUCAGUCGAGAACUUCUCCUUUCCAGUGAGCUGCAAAUGAAAUAUAGGGAGAAAUUGUCGGAUAUCAUCAUGUACAAGCGAUCCGAAUACGAACUGCAAAAACUGAAGGAAGCCUACAAUGCUGAAAUUAAAGGUCUCAAUCAACUAUUGGAAACAAAGACCACCAAUUUAGAAGCUUACAGGAGCCGGAUGAUCGAGUUAGAACAGGCUAUUAAUCACAGUGGAGAAGUGCUAGAUUUUCACAAACGAUUGAUCAAUCAAGUGAAAGAAGAAUAUGAUGAAAUGCUGAAGGCUGUGGAAAGUAAAUAUCAGACGCAGUUGACGAUCAAUCGGUCGUUAGAAGAACGCGUUUUAGAGUUGCAACAACGUAUCGAUUUAUCGUUGCGUCGCGGUGGUGGACUAGUUAAUUCGCCGGACACAAGUAGUUGUCACGAAGUCCAUGCCACCGCAACGGAUCGUACGAGCGUCGCAACGGGUAUCAGCCCACAUUCAUCACCGCUGUCCGCAUCACUUGCAUCGUCCGAGGGUAGUGUGGCGUUUGCUAUACACGCUGGUGACUCCAAAGAGGUCAAAAAUCUUCAGGUAAUAAUGGAUGAAAAGGAACCACUUCAACAAACUGUUUCGACAAAUUCGGAAGAAAUUAAUUUGAACGAGGAAGGGUCCUCAUCAUCAAUAACACAAUUUUAAUGGUUAUUAUUUUUUAUUACCGUCAUUUGGUGCGUUUGCAAUUACAAAACAAAAAAUAUCUAGUAAAAGCCUUUCAUUACAAAGUGGACACGAUUGUUAUCUAAUAAAUCUUAAAAUUUAGUUGUAUAUUCUUUUUUGUUAACUUUGAAAUUAUUUUUUUUAUAUUCUGCUUUUGAAAAAGUCGUUUUAUUUUAUAUUAUCGUGAAGACUUUUAUUGUCAGACAAUUUUGUGGCGUGUCAAAGUAAGUGUAAUUGCCCAAAUGGACUGCUUGGUUGACCACAGUGAGAAUUAAUCCGCGUGAAUGAUCAUUUUAUCCAUGUUAUCUAUGGAACUUGUUGUAAGAUAAAAUAUUGAUUGUUACAAGUACUGGUUUAUCAGAAAUUUUUAUUAAAUGUGCUUAAAGAUUA